CGCAGGACCGGAAGUGGGCGUGCCCAGCCUCGGGAGAGCCACGGAAGGGAAGCUCCCCGGCCGAGGUGCGCGCGCAGCGCCCGCCUGUCCAAUCGAGCGCCGAGCGGAGGAAGAGAGGAGCGGCAGACCCGGCCAGCCGAUCGGCCGAGCUUCCGGGAAGCGGGCCUGCGCGGCGGAGGCGGCGGGUGAGGCCGGGCUCUCCGCGGGGUGGGCGGCCGGGUGGAGGAGAGAGCUUCUCCCCGGGCCGGACGGGGGCCGCCCCGCUUCUCGCUAGCGCCGCCGCCGCCGCCGUUCUCCGCAGCUGCCCGCGGCCCCGCCGCUCCAGCCAGCCGGCAGGAUGUUCCACGGGAUCCCCGCCAACGCCGGGAUGGGAGCCCCAGGGAACAAGCCGGAGCUCUACGAGGAAGUGAAGCUGUACAAAAAUGCCCGAGAACGGGAAAAAUACGACAACAUGGCCGAGCUUUUCGCUGUGGUGAAGACCAUGCAAGCCCUGGAGAAGGCCUACAUCAAGGACUGCGUCAACCCCAACGAGUACACGGCCGCCUGUUCUCGCCUCCUGGUCCAGUACAAGGCCGCCUUCAAGCAGGUGCAAGGGCUGGAGAUCAACUCCAUCGAUGACUUUUGCCGCAGGUUUCGACUCGACUGCCCGCUGGCCAUGGAGAGGAUCAAGGAGGACCGGCCCAUCACCAUCAAGGACGACAAGGGCAACCUCAACCGUUGCAUCGCAGACAUCGUCUCGCUCUUUAUCACCGUGAUGGACAAGCUGCGCUUGGAAAUCCGGGCCAUGGAUGAGAUCCAGCCGGACCUGCGAGAGUUGAUGGAAACCAUGAACCGCAUGAGCCACUUGCCCCCAGACUUCGAGGGGCGGCAGAAAGUCAGCCAAUGGCUGCAGACCCUGAGCGGGAUGUCGGCUUCCGACGAACUGGACGACUCUCAAGUCCGCCAGAUGCUCUUUGAUCUGGAGUCGGCCUACAACGCCUUCAACCGCUUCCUGCACUCCUGAGGCCGAAAGAGGGAGGUCUGGCCCUCCGGAGGAGGAAAUGCAGCAGGCGCCCCUGGGCUCCGUCCACUACAUCCACACACGUUUCCAAAGGCCGUCGGGUGUCUGUUUGCCUGUCUGAAUGCAAGGACUCUAGUUUCCCUUCCUCCGGAGAAAGACGCCCUGCUCAGUCUCUACGUUUAAUCCCUCUUCUCCUUGUGUGGGUCGCGGGGCAGAUAUUUAC